UUUUCAUAUACAAUAGUUUAUCACAUUGGUCACUUUUAAUUACUUGCUUCAUUUCUCUCCUCUCUUUGCACUUGAUCAGAAUUUGUCAUUUAGACAUGGAACUCGGUUUCAAGCAUCAACUUGGCCUUGUUUGUGUCAUACUGUUCUUCUCUGCACUGUGUAACGGCCAGAAAUAUGUUACAAACUCCAGAGCAACCUAUUAUAGUACCCCUGAUGGCUAUGGGACUCCAAGUGGAGCUUGUGGCUUUGGCGACUAUGGAAGGACGAUCAACAGUGGAAGUGUAGCAGCCGUGUCUGGGCUAUGGAGGAAUGGAGCUGGCUGUGGCACAUGCUAUCAGGUAAGGUGCAAAAUACCAGAAUACUGUGAUGACAAUGGAGCAUUCGUGGUGGCAACAGAUUAUGGUGCGGGAGACAGAACAGACUUCAUCAUGAGCCCACGCGCCUUCUCAAGUUUGGGACGCAACAAAGAUGCAACUGCAAAGUUGAUGAAAUACGGUGUGGUGGAUAUUGAAUACAAAAGGGUUCCUUGUAGAUACCCUGGCAACAUCAAGUUUCAUGUCCAAGAAAGCAGCAGCAAUCCUGGUUACUUUGCUGUCCUGAUUCUCAACGUAAAUGGAAAAUACGACGUCGCUGCUGUUGAGUUAUGGCAGAAUGGACGAUGGGAGGCCUUGCGCAGGGUCUAUGGUGCAGUGUUUGACUUUGCUAACCCACCGAGUGGUGAAAUCCGCUUGAGGUUCCAAGUGACUUAUGGUGGAUCAAACCAAUGGGUGUACCCGAGGGUUGCUAUCCCUAGUAAUUGGAAGCCUGGGGCUACUUAUGACGCCAAGGUUCAACUUAAUUAGAAAGAAAUAUGCACAUUGGGAUCCCAACAAAAGAGUACAAAAAGUAAUAAUUAAACACUAGUAUUAUUCCGUUUCUUCGUUAUUAGUUUCAAUGUUGCUGUCAAUGCCCUUGUUGUGAAAAGGGUCUAGAAUA